GGGGAGUGACUGUUGUACUUAUACUUGACCUCUGUUUUUUCUACUGUCACUCACUCACACACUCUCUCUCUCUCUCUUUCUUUUCUUUCUUCUUUUCUUUUCUCAUGGAUUCUCUUGCUCUCUUCUGUACUGGGGCUCUUCUAGCUUGCGGUCUCUACUGGUUUGUCUGCGUUUUAGGUCCAGCCGAGCAGAAGGGUAAGCGCGCCGUGGAUCUCUCCGGCGGUUCCAUCUCCGCCGAGAAAGUUCAAGACAACUACAAGCAGUAUUGGUCUUUCUUCCGCCGCCCAAAGGAGAUCGAGACCGCUGAAAAAGUCCCCGACUUCGUUGAUACAUUUUACAACCUAGUCACUGAUAUUUACGAAUGGGGGUGGGGCCAGUCCUUCCACUUCUCUCCUUCUCUCCCAGGGAAAUCCCACCGGGAUGCAACGCGCCACCACGAAGAGAUGGCUGUUGAUCUCAUCGACGUCAAACCCGGAGAUCGAAUCCUUGACGUCGGAUGCGGUGUUGGUGGGCCCAUGCGUGCCAUCGCGGCUCACUCACGAGCCAAAGUCGUGGGCAUCACGAUCAACGAGUACCAAGUGAAACGUGCCCGGCUUCACAACAAGAAAGCCGGGUUGGAUUCGCUUUGCGAAGUCGUUUGCGGUAACUUCCUGGAGAUGCCAUUUCAAGAUAACAGCUUCGACGGCGCGUACUCGAUUGAGGCAACAUGCCACGCGCCGAAGCUGGAAGAGGUGUACGCCGAGAUCUUCCGAGUGCUGAAACCCGGAUCUCUAUACGUGUCAUACGAGUGGGUCACGACUGACAAGUACAGAGCUGAUAACCCCGAGCACGUGGACAUCAUUCAAGGUAUUGAAAGAGGUGAUGCUUUGCCUGGUCUGAGGAGCUACCUGGACAUUGCGGAGACCGCCAAAAAGGUAGGCUUCGAGGUCGUGAAAGAGAAGGAUCUAGCCAAGCCGCCAGCACAACCCUGGUGGACAAGGCUUAAGAUGGGGAGGAUCGCUUACUGGAGGAACCACAUUCUCAUCACCGUGCUGGCAGCCAUCGGAAUAGCUCCUAAAGGAACCGUCGAUGUUCACGAGAUGCUGUUCAAAACCGCUGAUUAUUUGACCAGAGGUGGGGAUUCUGGAAUCUUUUCCCCGAUGCACAUGAUUCUCCUCAGAAAACCCGAGGUGUCACCUUCAAAAUCUUAGCCAUUUGCCCAUUUUGUUGAGGUAAACGUAACGCCUCAUAACUUCGUCGCAGCAUUGUGUUUCGCCUCUUGUUACUUUACCCUUUCUUUCCUUCCCUCCCCUUCCUUUUUUUUUUUUUAAUUUAAUUUCCUAGGUUUCUUCUUUUUUGUUUUCUCUUCUACUUGAUCGAGCUCAUGUACUUCCUUUUUUGGGUUUUUAGUUUUAUUUAAUUUCCAGUUGUUGAUCUUGGUCUUUAAUUUUUAAAAUGUUGCUGAUAAGGAAAGGAACGAAAUUUUUUGUUCUUUUU